CUCACACCCUCUCCAAAUGCCUCCGCAUGAAAUAUUUCAGUCCAGAAGUGACACAUGUCACUGCCACAGCCCAUUGACCAGGAAUUACCACGGGGUCAGAAAGCAUAACUUUCCUCUGUGCCCACAAAGGAGUGGAGGACCAGAUAUGAACGAGUGCCACAAGUCUUGACCACAGUGACCUUGGUAGGUUUCAGAAAGUGCCGAGAAGUUUUAGCCAAGUAACGUGCAAGGGGGAAGGAAACAAGAUUCUGGACCAUCAUUUGCUUUAUUGGAAUGCAGUUCUUUUGAGUGGUCGAAUCAGGGCUUACAAAAUGUGUAGGAUCCUUCUGAUCACUGAAGAUGGAGAUUUUACUAAUGCUUGGCUUGAAACCAGAGAUGCCAACCCCCUUUUCCAUGCCAUUUUCUCAUCAGGUGGUAAUUGGAACUUAGAACAUGAAGCUUAAAUGCCAAAGAGAAAUGGCCAAACGCACCUUCUCCAUGUUAGAGACAUUCCUGAUUUUCCUCCUUGUGAUGAUGACUGCGAUCACAGUGGCCCUUCUCAGCCUCUUGUUUAUCACCAGUGGGACCAUUGAAAAUAACAAAGAUUCAGGUUAUUCGACCACCCAGAGCCGUCAGGCCACCCAGGGCCCUCUGGCCACACAAGGCUCCACAGCCGCUCAAGGCUCCACACUGACCCAGGGCCCCACAGCCACCCAGGUGUCUCCAGGGACUAGCACCCCAGAGCCACCUCUAUUUCAGAACUUCAGUGGCUACAAUAUCGGUGUUGGGCGAGCUGACUGCACAGGACAAGUAGCAGAUAUUACUUUGAUGGGCUACGGCAAAACUGGUCAGCAUGCACGGGGCAUCCUCACAAGGUUGUACAGUCGUGCUUUCAUCGUGGCAGAACCUGACGGGUCAAAUCGAAUGGUGUUUGUCAGUAUUGACAUAGGCAUGGUAUCCCAACGACUCAGGCUUGAGGUCCUGAACAGACUUCGGAUUAAAUAUGGCUCCCUGUACAGAAGAGACAAUGUCAUCCUGAGUGGCACUCACACACACUCGGGUCCAGCCGGAUAUUUCCAGUAUACUCUAUUUUUAAUUGCCAGUGAAGGAUACAGCAAUCGAACUUUUGAGUACAUGGUCACUGGUAUCGUGAAGAGCAUUGAGAUAGCACACACAAAUAUGAAACCAGGCAAGAUCUUUAUCAACAAAGGAAAUGUGGAUGGUGCACAGAUCAAUCGAAGCCCUUAUUCUUACCUUCAGAAUCCUCAGUCAGAGAGAGCAAGGUAUUCUUCAAAUACAGACAAGGAAAUGAUAAUCUUAAAAAUGGUAGAUUUGAAUGGAGACGACCUGGGUCAUAUCAGCUGGUUUGCCAUCCACCCAGUCAGCAUGAACAACAGCAAUCACCUUGUAAAUAGCGACAAUAUGGGCUAUGCAUCUUACCUUUUCGAGCAAGAAAAGAACAAAAGAUAUCUACCUGGAGAGGGACCAUAUGUAGCAGCUUUUGCUUCAUCAAACCUGGGAGAUGUGUCCCCCAAUAUUCUUGGCCCACAUUGCGUCAACACGGGAGAGUCUUGUGAUAAUGCCAAUAGCUCUUGUCCCAUCGGAGGGCCUGACAUGUGCAUUGCUAUGGGACCUGGACGGGAUAUGUUCGACAGCACACAAAUUAUAGGACGGAUCAUAUAUCAGAGAGCAAAGGAACUGUAUGCCUCUGCCUCCCAAGAAGUAACUGGAUCACUGGCUUCAGCUCAUCAGUGGGUGAAUAUGACGGAUGUCACCAUUUGGCUCAAUUCUACACAUGUGGCAAAAACAUGUAAACCAGCAUUGGGCUACAGUUUUGCUGCUGGCACCAUCGAUGGAGUUGGAGGACUCAAUUUUUCUCAGGGGACAGUGGAAGGGAAUCCAUUUUGGGACACUAUUCGGGAUCAGAUCCUGGGCAACCCAUCUGAAGAAAUCAAAGAAUGUCAUAAACCAAAGCCAAUCCUUUUUCACACUGGAGAGCUGUCAAUACCUCAUCCCUGGCACCCAGAUAUUGUUGAUAUUCAGAUUAUUACUCUUGGGUCCCUGGCUAUAACUGCCAUCCCUGGGGAGUUUACGACCAUGUCUGGACGAAGAUUUCGGGAGGCAGUUCAAGCAGAAUUUGCAUCUUAUGGGAUGCAGAACAUGACUGUCGUUACUUCAGGUCUAUGCAAUGUCUAUACACAUUACAUUACCACCUAUGAAGAAUACCAGGCUCAGCGGUAUGAGGCAGCAUCUACAAUUUAUGGACCACAUACUCUGUCUGCUUACAUCCAGCUCUUCAGAGUCCUUGCUAAGGCCAUUGCUACGGACUCAGUAGCCAACCUGAGCAGUGGUCCAGAGCCUCCAUUUUUCAAACAACUGAUAACCACUUUAAUUCCUAACAUUGCGGAUAGAGCACCAAAGGGCAAAACUUUUGGGGAUGUCCUGCAGCCGGUGGAACCUAAAUACAGAGUGGGAGAAGUUGCUGAAGUUACAUUUGUAGGUGCUAACCCAAAGAAUUCAGCAGAAAAUCGGACCCAUCAGACCUUCCUCACUGUGGAGAAAUAUGAGGCCACUUCAGCAACGUGGCAGGUAGUGCAUAAUGAUGCCUCCUGGGAGACUCGUUUCUACUGGCACAAAGGAUCACUGGGUCAAAGCAAUGCAACGAUACAAUGGUAUAUUCCAGAUACUGCCCAGCCUGGAAUCUACAGAAUAAGAUACUUUGGACACUAUCGGAAGCAGGACUUUCUCAAGCCCGCUGUCAUACUUUCAUUUGAAAGCACUUCCUCUACUUUUGAAGUUGUAACUACUUAGUGAAAAGUUGACAGAUCAUUUAAAGAGCAGCUGUACUCUGUAUAAUUUGUGUAACUGAUUUCACGUGAAUGUAAACUAUUAUGAUGACUUCUAUAAUUGUCCCUGUAUGGGGACAGAUAGUUUGCUGCUAAUGGAAUAGAGGAGUGUGUGUGUGUGUGUGUGUGUGUGUGUGUGUGUGAUGUGUGUGUCCCAUUUAUCUUCCUCUAGCAGCUUUUUAUCUCAUGGUCUACAGCCUAAAGCAUGAUUUCCCCUGGGGCCUUGUAGCUGUUUAAAGGGAUAGUUACCCUCAAUAUGAAACGUCUGGAAUGUUAGUAAGAGUGGUUGAAGAUGUGUCAACAAUGUUUAAACUAUUGACUUAUAGAAUUAUUGAAUGUUAACACUGGAAAAGUUUAAAGAGAUCAUCUAGUUUGAUCCUUCACUUGCAGAUGAGAAAAAUGAAGUUUUAUGGAUUUAAGAUUAGCAUAAGGCUACAGGACCUUCCCCCAGUCACAUUUAAAAAAUGUUAUGUAAAAAUUGACAACAGAUGGGCCGGCCUGGUGGCGCAAGCGGUU